AUGGCACCUUCGGCCCCUUUCAACCCUCCUUCGGCCGACCUCCCCGGCAAACCUUUCGUCCCCACAUGGGUUCCGCCUCCUGUCACGCAGCAGAAGGAGAACUUCGCCGAACUUAGCUCCAUUGAUCUUUCUUUGCUGGACUCAGAUGACCCUGCUGUAGUCGACAACCUUGUUCAGCAGGUCAAGACUGCCAUUCGCGAUGAUGGCUUCUUGUUCCUUGAGAACUAUGGAGUUUCUCUGGAGCAGGUAAAUACAGAACUCGAUCCCCUUGAUCAAAGUAAACUCAUUAAUGACUUUUCUCUUGCCGUAAAGCUCCACCGCCAGUUCUCUAUUGCACAAUAUCUUUAUCACAACAUCAGCGAGGAGGACAAGCAGCGCCUUCUCUUCGACCCAGAGACAGGCGUUUGGUCUGGUUACAAGCACCCUUACGGCUUCAAGCGCAACCUUGGACCCGAAGACGGCAUCGAGCAAUUCAACUGGUACAAGCCCGACUGGCAAGACAUCAACCGAGUGCCAACAUGUCUACAUCCCUUCAUGGAUGAGGUCGAAGAGUUCGCCAACUACCUUACAAAGUCCGUCAACCGCCGUCUUCUCACUCUCUUCUCUCGAGUCCUCGAGUUGCCGGAUGACUAUCUCUGGGACAAUGUGCAAUCACACGGCAGCCCAUCCGGCGAGGGAUACUUCCGACACGCACUCUUCCGUCCCGUUCAGAAGAAGACACAGGAAGCUUCCAAGGGCCUGCGUAUGCACGGUCAUACUGACUUUGGUCUGACUACACUCCUGUUCUCCGUUCCCAUCUCUUGCCUUCAGAUCUGGGGCCGUGAUGAGCAGUGGUAUUAUGUGCCCUACAAGCCCGGUGCGCUUGUCAUCAACAUUGGAGAUACCCUUGAAAUUGUGUCUGGUGGUCACUUCAAGGCUACUCGUCACCGUGUGUACAAGCCCCCUGUUGAUCAGCUGGAACAGGAACGUCUCUCGUUGGUGCUGUUCAACAGCUCCGUUGGUGACUUGCGAAUGGGUCCUGCAAGUGAUUCGCCACUUAUCCAGCGAGAGGGCUGCAUCGAAGAACAAGGUGUCUACAAAGAGUUCAAGAAACUCACAUCUCAAGGGAAACUCGUUCCUACCAAUAAGCAAUGGCGUGAAAUCCAAAUUGCUACCGCUACUGAUCCCACGGACCAAGUCCGCAAUAGAGUCGGUGCUGAUCAAGUGCUCAUUGAUGGUAAGAUCAUGCACCAGCGGGAGUACAUGGGUGUCAAGGUUGUUCUGCCUGUCUAG